AUGAGGUUGAAGGGCGAGAUUCACAAUCCUUGCUGCGACGAAGAAGAAGAGAAGGUGGCUGAGGAAAACGGCAGAGAAUUGAAUUCGAUUGUCGGCGUUGGGAUUUCUCCGCCUGCGAAACUCGUCGUUGGCUAUGCCUUGACCUCCAAGAAGAAGAAGAGCUUCUUGCAGCCCAAACUUCUUGGCUUGGCUCGGAAUAUGGGAAUAUUCUUCAUUGCAAUUGAUCUAAACAGGCCACUUUCAGAUCAAGGCCCCUUUGAUGUUGUUUUGCAUAAGUUGGCAGGAAAAGAGUGGUCCGAGAUUAUUGAGGAUUACAGACAAAAACAUCCAGAAGUAACUGUCCUUGAUCCACCAAAUGCAGUACAACAUCUACACAACCGCCAGUCCAUGCUUCAGGGCGUGGCAGAUCUGAAUUUGUCUGACUGCCAUGGCAGGGUUGGUGUUCCAAAGCAGUUGAUUGUUACAAAAGAUCCAUUAUCUAUUCCUAAUGAAGUUGAUAAAGCUGGGCUCAAAUUGCCGCUGGUUGCUAAACCGCUACUUGUGGAUGGUAGUGCCAAGUCACAUGAACUAUUUCUAGCUUACGACCAAUGCUCACUCUCAGAACUUGAACCUCCGUUGGUUCUGCAGGAGUUUGUAAAUCAUGGUGGUGUUCUCUUUAAAGUUUAUAUUGUUGGGGAAGCCAUAAAGGUUGUCAGGCGUUUCUCUCUUCCUAAUAUCAGUAAACGUGAACUAGAAAAACUUGCUGGUGUGUUCCGUUUCCCCAGGGUUUCAUGUGCUGCAGCUUCAGCAGAUGAUGCAGACCUGGACCCCAGCAUUGCUGAACUUCCUGAACGACCUUUGUUAGAGAACCUUGCAAGGCAGCUCCGCCAACGAUUGGGCCUCCGGUUAUUCAAUGUUGAUAUGAUCCGAGAGCACGGGACAAAGGAUGUCUUUUAUGUCAUUGACAUCAACUACUUUCCUGGUUACGGCAAAAUGCCAGACUAUGAACACAUAUUUACAGAUUUCCUGCUAAGCCUUGUUCAGAGCAAGCAUAAGAAGAGACCUGCUACUUAA